ACCACUACCCCAGCCCCGGAUCUGUAUGUGGUGAGUGUGGAGAACCCCGGGGAAAAGUUACACUUCUCAUUUGUAUUACUCCUUUAAGGUCUCCUCAGCAGUCCUGCCCAGCCAGGGCACUCCAAUUUUACACAGAUGAGACUGAGAAGUGCUCAAGGUAACUAGUCACCAGUGUUCCAGGCGCCUCGCUGUAAUGUGGCAGUGUGGGAAGAGAGGCAAAGACAAGAAUGUCCUGCUCUGCCUGAGUGCACACUGAUGCCAAGGCCCAGGUGGGGGUAGGGGGAGGACUUCAUCAAGGUCACACACAGCAGACAAGAACUCAGGGUUGUUUAUUUUUUUGAGUUUUCAAGACAUUGUUUCUUUUCUUUAUUGUUUCUGUAUUGUUCCGUUUUAUUUCGAGACAGGGUUUCUCUGUAUAGCCCUGGUUGUCCUGGAACUCACUCUGUAGACCAGGCUGACCUCGAACUCAGAAUUUCGCCUGCCUCUGCCUCCCGAGUGCUGGGAUUAAAGGUGGGAUUAAAGGAAAUACCUGGACAUCCAUUCUAUGCACAGACUGGAGAAGGCAGCCACUGUAGAAGAGAUGAGAGAGUAUGGGUUUGAGUUGGGCUAGACAGAGCCUUUGGGUGGGGAUACACAGGCAUGACAGGCUUUAACAUACGAGUGAGUGUCAGGCAAUGGGGAUAAGAAGAGGCUUGUGUUCAGGACUGCAGAGGCAACACAGCCAUUAGUAGCAAUGGCUGUUCUUCCAGAGGACCCAGGUUUGGUUCCCAUAGUCUGUAACUCCAGUUACAGAGGAUCCAACGCCCUCUUCUGGCCUCCAUGGGUACCAGAUAAGCAUGUGGUGCACAUAUACAGGCAGAUUACCCAUAUAAUAGAAAUAUAUCCUAAGGUGAGGUUGGGGGUGGGCAGGCCCGUGCUGCCUGUCACUCAUGCCUUCCUCUCCCUCCCAAGGGUUCUUGCUGAGCUCUUGGAGCUUGGCUGUCCUGAGCAGAGCCUGCGGGAUGCCAUUAUCUUGGACCUCUUUUCCCACGCACUCAUCUUCUGCCGCCAGCAGGGCUUUUCAUUAGAGCAGACAUCAGCAGCCUGUGCCUUGCUCCAAGAUCUUCACAAGGCCUGUGUUGCGACCCCUCUGGGCAACGUGGAGGAAUGCUACCGCUACUUUACCAGCGUUCUUUUUUGCCAUGGAGUCAGGCGGCCCCCUUUCAGCAUUGACCUCUUUAAAGAGGAACAGCUGCUGGCACUGGCAGACUAUGUGGUCAACACCUACUUCCGCCACUUCAAGCUCUACAAAUAUGUCUUCACCCCACAGGUUCGUCUGGACCUAUCUUUGUCUUACAUGGGGCUACAGCCACUCACAAUCUGGCCAGAGGAGAAAGAAGAUGAGGAAGUGACAGUAGAGCAGGCAGCUACUCCACAGGAGGAAGAGCCAGAAACUGUGACAGAGCCAGAGCAACAGCCAGGUGAGGUCAGCAUCCUCCAGUCCUAUAUCAAGUCCCAGCUGAACAAGGAGCUGCGGCAGCUCCAGCAGCUGGUGGAGGAGCGGCUCAAGGAGAGCGAGGAGCGGCUGAGCAGCAAGCUGGCUGCACUGGAGCGGCCCUACCCGACACCUCCUAGCAAAGGCAAGACCAAGACCAAGUGAUCCAGCAUUUUCUCCCAAUAAAGACCUGGGCCACAGUGUCCCAUCUCCCACCUUCACAA